AGCUCAGGCUUCGCGUGCGCUUUCGGAACUCGGCGGCUGUCCCCUGCCUGUACGCGGGUUGUGUUGCGCUGCUGACCAAUGCGGGACGUGCGGGAAUCGGGUGUAGCUCGGUUCCUCCCGUCCCCGUCUAGCAGCGUAGCGACACGGAGCACCGCAGCCGCUCGCACCGGGGCUCAGUGCCGCGUUUGGAGCCCAGAGGCGGUUUGUCUGUCCGGUCGGUGCUCUUUCCCCCGCCGAACGGACACGGGUGCUCGCAGCGCUCUUAGCGGAGGAUUCCGGGCCAUUUGCUGCGCUGCUGCGUGCCUUUGCAGUUUGUCACGGCUCCCCGCUGCCAAAUUUGGUCGGUAGCGGUGCCCUCUGCGCCUCUGUGACAGCGGUUCCCGUGCGCCCGUCAUCCUCGCCUGCCGCCCGCUUGGAGCUUCUCAGAGGAUCGCGGCGUCGCUGGAGGCGCGGCUUCGUUUAGAACAGCGUUUAUUGUCGUGUAGAGUUUGUGUCGGGAAUUAAGUAAGGUGAACGGCUUAACCAGAGCUCUUGCCCCUGUUCUUUGCCUCUGGUUUUGUUGGUGAGGAUAUCACAGUGAUGUCUGCAUUCAACCUGCUGCAUUUGGUGACAAAGAGCCAGCCAGUGGCCCUGCGAGCCUGUGGGCUUCCCUCAGCUUUCCGUAAUGCAUAUCACCAAAGAUGUAUGAUUACAGGUGGCUCUUCACGUGUCCUGAAAGAGAAUAAAAGUGAGACUGAGUUGCUGUAUAACAAUGCCGCUAGGUCAUGUAGGGAUAAAAAAGACUGUAAGGUGGUCUUUUCCCAGGAGGAGCUGAGGAAGCGGCUGACACCCUUGCAGUACCAUGUCACUCAGGAGAAGGGGACAGAAAGUGCCUUUGAGGGGGAGUACACACAUCAUAAAGCUCAAGGAAUAUACAAAUGUGUUGUUUGUGGAACUCCUUUAUUCAAGUCAGAAACGAAGUUUGACUCCAACUCAGGUUGGCCUUCCUUCUAUGAUGUGAUCAGUCCCGAUACAAUUACUCUCACUGAUGAUUUUUCCUAUGGGAUGCAUCGGAUUGAAAUAUCCUGCAGUCAGUGCGGUGCACACCUCGGGCACAUUUUUGAUGAUGGACCUCGUCCAACUGGCAAACGGUACUGCAUAAACUCUGCUUCGUUAUCCUUCAAACCUGCAGAGAAGAACAGCGCCGGGGAAGGCAGUGGUAGCACCCGUCCUGCCCAAACAGGCAAAGCUGAGCUGUAGGACAUGGGAAACCCGCAGAGAGCUGCUCUCAUCCCGCACAGCUCACAAGGCAUGUUUUCUGAGUUGCCUGCUACCUUAUAUCCUAAGAAUGUGUAAAUGUAUGAAAGCAUUUUGCACCAUCCUUUUUCUUCCGCUCCUUUCUGGAGCUGGGGCCUUGCCUGCCAGUGCAUUUUACUAUAUAAUUGGAUUGAAAAAUGCAUUGACUGACUUCACAGGUUUUCUUCUUUUGUUUUCUUUUUCUUUUUUUUUUUUUUAGAGAUUGCUUUGGGGAAUCCUUAAAUCAAGGGGCUUUGGCAUUGCGAGUUAGGAGUUUCUUACUGUAGGUCUGAAUAAUGUUCCUUUUUGUGUGGGGGAUGGGAAUUGUGUUUAUCUCCAGAUUAUAGGAAAUUUCUGGGUAUAAGAAAUCCCGGAUUCCCAGCACAUCUCUGCUUUGUUCUGACUUGCGAGGCACGCGCCCUUGGUCAUAUGCAUUCAGCCAUCUCCGAGUUUCAGCCGCACCCUGCAAAGGCUUGUAUUUAUGGCUGUUCCUUCCCAACUAGAAGAGAUGGGUAAGAUGCACAGCCCAUCCUUUGGCUAACUUACUGCCAAAAUUUCAAGGGUGUGGUUAGAAAGGGUGUAAACAUUGUCUCAGCAUCUGUUUUCCCCUCUGGUAUUCAAAUAAAGGUUCUAACCAGUAAGGCUCACUUAUGCAAGCUUCUAAUGAGACUUGGUUUUGUGAGGCCUGAAAUCCGAAUUAAGGCUGAAAUCUGCACGGGGCCAUUCCAUGGACGAGUGCAGAGAUGAACCGGAGCACUGCUAGAUCUUUAUCUGGUCAGCUGCUUGACAGUAGGAUUCGGAAACAGAACAAUUUCUGCUGAAAGGGAGCUGAGGAAUGCAGCAGGCACAGAGACAUCUGAAGUGCCCUGUCUGACUGUGGCCUGGACACGUGCUGCCUGCAGGGCCACAGCCCUUGUUUUGUGCAAUUGCGAUGUAGGACAUGAGUGCAGAGUUGGUUUAAGAAACCAAUUGAAAAAAGACCUAUCAAAGCUCCAGCAGUUUUCAUGCAGCAAAAUUUGCCAUCCCAUAAGGUGUUUUUCACAGCUGCUUUUAGAUUUUAUUGAAUAAGUUUGCCUAGAAUUGUGCAUAAUACUGUUUCUUAAGCUAUAACAUACAGCAUUUGCUGACACCGCUUUGCCUUUAAGCGUUGAGAGACUUGAUGAAUACAGUAUUCACUUUUAUUAGCAAACCGUGUGACUAACAUAUUUGGAUCCAGUUUUAUUUCCAGGAGGAGCAAAACAACCACUGAUUUUUAUGGAAGCAGGAUUGAGGUUUUUAUGUCGGUGAUAAUAAACACAUUUCCUAGAGUACGAACAUACUUCUGUUAAAAUACAGCAACUGUAAAAGCAUGCAGAAUGGCCAGAAUUGCCAAUACAAAUAACAAAUGCAUGAAAAAAGCAUACAGUACCUUAGCUUAGACUACAUGCAAAUCAGAUGAUAAAUACUUAGAGCUGAAAGUGCAGUGAGCACCUACUCGCAUGAGCAUUCCCCCAGAUGUCAUACAAGGAAUAGCUACUAACAACGCUGCUGCGGACUGACCUGUGCUGUUUCAAGGCAGUCAAGUUCCUCCUGGUCCCGUCGGUUUUUAGCAGUUUCUUAGAGAAGGGCUGCUCUGAUCCCUCACUUUUAUUUAAAGAAAAGUAGGUUUUCUCGACCACAUUUUCUAACAUAAACGUAAAAAAGGCAGCAUCUAUAAAAAUGUGGUACGUAAAUGUGGUUUAAUUCCAGAUUGCUGUUGGAUUUAAGUGUUAUCAAAUUUCAGUCUAUUUCUGCCUUAUGUUAAAGAAAUAUAUUGCUUGAACUUCAGUAUGCAGUAAUGUGUGCUGUCCUACAGGAGAUUUAUUUUUGCAGGAUAUGGAGUGCAA